ACCAUUACUUGUUUCACAUUCAAAGGCUAUAUAACCAAAAACAAGUUCCACCAGCAUAAAAUUAUGGUGAAGGCUUUCAAGAAGCAAGGAAGCAUGUAUGAUUACAGUAAUUUAGAGAAUUCCUAGACCUAAGUUUUCUCAGCACUACGUCAACAUGAAAAGUGGGCGUCUAUUGAAAGGAUACUUUUACAUUGAUUAUAAGAGACUGAAAGCUCUUAUGAAAGAAUGUAUUCACAGAAAGAGAGAGUUAGAGACACUGCCAAAUGUAGAGGCUGCUACUACAAUAGCUAACUCUGAAUCAGCUCAACAUUGUAUAGAGUGUGAAAGAUUUUUUGUGAAAGAAGUGAACAGGCAAAUAUCUGCUGUAAUUGGCUGCUUCAAUCUCCAUGCUAAGAACCUGCUCCAUCAUCAGAUUUCCUCCGAUCUAAGGAGAUACUUAUGGAGGGCUAGAUAUCUGUUUGCAGAUUAUCAACAAAGAAGAAUAGCACAGGCCCAAAAGCUUAUAUCAUAUGCAGCUACCAAUGCCAAGGCAAUCAAUAAGCUGCUGGUGAAAUACAGUAAAGUCCACUGUUCAACCCACACUCCACACUUUAAGUCCAGAUUGCAUACUGAACAACUAGAGCUGCUGAAAUCCCCAUGGUUAAUAGAACUCUGUGCCUUCCAAAUCAACUGCUCACAAGGCAAGAAGUAUACAAGUGAAGCAUGGGAGGCCUGUACAUAUAGUAUUGAAUUUACCAUUGCUGUUGCUGGACCUAGUAUUAAUUGUAAACUGUUGGAAUCAGCAAAUCUGGAUUUUAAUCUCAACUGUCCCAUUUGCCUAGACACUGCAUUUGAGCCAAUUGCUCUGGGAUGUGGACAUAUUUUCUGCAACAGUUGUGCCUGUACCAGUGCCUCUGUACCAACCAUAGCAGGAGUAAAGGCUGCAAAGCAGAAGUCAAUGUGUCCUAUUUGUAGACAGAUGGGAGUGUAUGCCAAUUCUGUUUAUUUAGUGCAAUCAGGAUUGCUUCUCAAGAAAAGGUGUAGAGAGGUGUGGAAGGAAAGAUUGCCCAUGGAAAGAGCACUGAGAGUGAAGCAGGCCAAGGAACAUUGGAAGGAGCAAUCCAGAUUAUUUUUGGGAGUUUAAUCUUAAUCAUCAUCAUCAUCAUCAUAUGAUGUAACGUUUGAUGUGAAGUUUUAUCAGUAAUGCUGAUGUUUAUGAGGUGGAAGGGUGACAGGUCAAAUGUUAUGAUGAAAUGAAAUCUAACUCAGAUAAGCCUGUUGGCAAGAAGAGUAUUUGUAUAUGAGGUGGAAGGGUGAAUGAAAUCUACUUAAAGAUAAGCAUGUUGGCGUGGAGAGAGGCUGAGUUAGUUAUUUGUAUAUUUGUAUAUCAUUAAAUUAUUGAUGAAUGAAAAUGAGGGGGUUUUCCUUGGAGGGUCAAA